UGAAGUCUAGUAGAUUUUUUGAGCGGGCAAUAUUUAUAAGCACGCGCUGAUUCUGAUAAAAGAAAAGAAAAAAAGAACAAGAAAAAAGCUGCAGAGAACUCUUAAAACGCAUUCCCACCAAGAGCUCAAUGGCUAAGGAGGAAGAUUCUCUGUUGUCCUAAUUGGCAUGAAAAAGUGUUGUUUAGUUGGGUGGCUAAUGGCUGUCUCCAUAGUCGGCCAUUGCACAACUCAUUCAACGAGGCGGCGUUUUGACAAAAGGGGCCUCUUUACACUUUUUUUUCCCCUCCUUCUGAAGCAGUAAGCAGGCACCGAAUAAAGAGACUGUAACAUGGGGUGGGAUUAGCUCACACGAAGAGGCAAAGGCAAAGGCAAAGGCAAAGGCAAAGGCCUAAAGACUAAACAGCAGGGUUUUUGAAGUCAAAGGAUGAGCAUUGAGCAAUUGAGUAGACAGGGAGAAACGGCGCCGUAUGCGGCGAGCUUGUCUUAUUUUUCUUGUUAUUAUUUUUUUGUGACGGUAGCUGGCAUAUACCUAUAAGCCAUGAGGCUGUUUGGGAUGCGUAGGUCCAUGCAGUACAGAAGCUGCUCAAUGUAUGAAGUGACUAAAGGGACAGUUUGUCUUCCGUAUGUGUAAUCUUAUUCAAGGUCCUCAGAGACCUCAUCAGACCAUUUAAUCAAAAACCAGAACACAUUAAUACGGUGGAACCCACUUCAUCAGUGCCCACUAUUAGUCAAUAAUUUUUCAAGGGUACUUGACUUUGCUUCCUUUGACUUAUCAGAAGGGGUGGGGUGCCCUUUGUGUCGAUGGAGAUUACACAGAGAGCAAUGAAGGGCAUCCUUCUCUCUUGAGUCGUGUUGUAGUAGUUAGUAAGCAUAGGACGAAAGAUUUGCAUGUUUAUAUAAAUCUAUAAAAGCCUCAGCAAAACCAUGUCUUAAAUCCAAUUGCAUAGAAGGAGCAAUUAAGAAAAGAGAGGGGUAGGUGAGAGAGCGUAAGGUAAAGCAAAAGGAUGGUCUUUCUCAUACACAGAUCCCUAUAGAAAUGCACCAAAGCAUGCCCCCCAACUCUCAUUCUAUUUGCUCGAUUUAAAGUCCCUUGCUUUCUUCUUCAUUUUUCAAACAGAGAGCGGGUUUGUUUAGCUAAUGUAUGACGGGUUGGACAUAUUUCUCUCUACUGCUAGCCAACAACCAAAAUAUAUUUAGUCUCAAGUGGGGGUGAACCAAGGAUUUGUUGGGAUCGUUAGUUUUUUUUUUCUUCCAAUCAUUGAGACUCGCUCUAUAAUUUUAGAGUAUAUUGGUUUGAAAAGAGAGUUAGAUUGAACUGAAGGUAGGGGGAAUUCCAUGAAUAAUGUUAAUGGCAACAACUGUAACUGGUUAGGUUUCUCUGUGUCCCCUAACGUUAACAUGGAGCUUUCUUCUUCCUCUGCUGCUGCUGCCUCCCCUUCAAUUCCUGCAAAUCUUUUUCACUCCCCAUCUCAGUAUAACUAUGGCAUUUACUAUGGUGUUGAUGGAGAACAUGGUGGUUUUUAUUCACCAUUGUCUGUCAUGCCGCUCAAGUCUGAUGGUUCAAUUUGUUCAAUGGAAGCUCUCAGCAGGCAGCACCCAGAAGCGGUGAGUAGCUCUACUCCAAAACUAGAGGAUUUCUUUGGUGGUGCUACUAUGGGGUCCCAUCACUAUGAAAGCAAUGCCAGGGAAGCUAUUGCUCUCAGCUUAGACAGUAUAUUUUGCCAUCAAAACCCAACUCAUGAGCCCAACAACCAACCCUAUGCACAUUUUUCAUCCUUAAGAAGCCGUGAAGUGAUGCUUCAAGACUCGAAGGUAAUUCUGCCCGAUGGGUGUAAUCUGCAGCAGCACCCAACAGUGGCAGAGAGUGAGAUUUCUGGUAUGAAGAAUUGGGCUGUUCCUAGGGGCUAUGCUGCCACUGACAAUAGUUCCUUCGAACAGAAGAUGUUGAGUUUCAUGAGUGAAAAUGGUGGUGAAUCUGGUCCCAUUAAUGCCAUGGCUUAUGGAGAUUUACAGUCAUUGAGCUUGUCCAUGACUAUGAGUCCCAGCUCUCAAUCAAGCUGUGUCACAGCCACACAGCAUGUCUCACCUGUCAUGGGUGACUGUUCUGCCAUGGAUUCAAAGAAAAGAAUCCAUGAGAAGUUGGAUCAGAAGCAAAUUGUUCAUAGGAAGUCUUUAGAUACCUUUGGUCAGAGAACCUCACAGUAUAGAGGGGUUACAAGGCACAGAUGGACGGGUAGGUAUGAAGCACAUUUAUGGGACAACAGUUGCAAGAAAGAAGGUCAAAGCAGGAAGGGAAGGCAAGUGUACCUUGGAGGUUAUGAUAUGGAAGAGAAAGCCGCUAGAGCUUAUGAUCUUGCUGCACUCAAGUACUGGGGACCCUCCACCCACAUUAACUUUCCUUUGGAAAACUAUCAGAAAGAAUUAGAGGAAAUGAAAAACAUGAGUAGGCAGGAAUAUGUUGCUCACCUGAGAAGGAGAAGCAGUGGAUUCUCGAGGGGGGCCUCGAUUUACAGAGGCGUAACAAGGUCUAAUAAGUCUCAACUCAAAGCUUUACAUCAUCAACAUGGAAGAUGGCAGGCUCGGAUAGGCCGAGUUGCUGGUAACAAAGAUCUGUAUCUUGGGACAUUCAGUACUCAAGAGGAAGCGGCCGAGGCCUACGACAUAGCAGCCAUAAAAUUUCGAGGAAUGAAUGCAGUUACUAAUUUUGAUAUCACAAGGUAUGACGUCGAGCGGAUCAUCGCUAGCAACACGCUUCUUAGUGGUGAUGUAGCUAAAAGAAAGCAGCAGCCGGAUUUUAAUAAUGAAUCUCUUAGUGAAAGCCCUCCUACUCACAACAGCAAUGCAGAGGCCUCUAUGCCUUUGCCCUCACAGAGUAGUCAAAGUGAAUCAGACUGGAAGAUGGCUCUGUAUCAGUCAUCCCAGCAGCAGCUCAUUCCAAAGCCUCGGUUGUUGUCUGCAAUAACCGAUGAUGGUUCACAGCUACGAGUCGAAGACUCGGCCAAAAUGAUGGGAGCUCAUUUCUCCAAUGCAUCUUCAAUGGUGACCAGCUGCAGCUUGAGCAGCUCAAGGGAGGAGAGUCCAGACAAGACAAGCCUUUCAAUGGUGUUCGGAAUGCCUCAACCGACAUCUAGGCCGUUUGCUGCCCCAGCUAGUAAUAUGAACUCCUCCUCCUCCUCCUCCUCCUGGAUUGCAUCUGCCCAGCAGUUGAGGGCAGCCAAUUGUAUGAGCCAGUUGCCAGUUUUUGCUGGGUGGACUGAUACUUAAAAAAGUAAAAAAGGAAGUCAUUUGAUAUUUCCUGAUAUGGCUCCUUCCAUGUUAAAGAACUAAGAACUUCAACACUCCCAACCAAAACCAUCCUUAUCAGUUGAAAGUUUUUGUGAGAAAAAUUCUGUAAGAUGAGGAAUAGUUCAAACAGUAGACGAUUGAAGUUCAAAUUGGAAUCUGUUUAUUAUUAUUA